AUGGACAGAAGAGACACCCAGCUGCUUUGGUUUUUGCUGUUGUGUAUCAUCACUCAGGUGUGGUGCCAGCUGUGUAUUGGGCCAUGUCAGUGCCCGCCCACCGUGCUGCGCUGCCCUGCUGGUGUUCGUCAGAUGUUAGACAGCUGUGGGUGCUGCCAGGUGUGUGCUAGGCAGGAGGGCGAGGCCUGCACCGACCGGCUUCCCUGUGACACCCACCAAGGGCUACAGUGUGACUACAGCGCCAGCCCCCCUGGAGGGCCGGGACAGUGUGUCGGUCGGAACGAGCUGGGCUGUGAGAUGAAUGGCAGGAGGCUGGAGGAGGGACAGGUAUUUCAACCUUCCUGUGCCAAGCUCUGCCACUGUCUGGGGGGAGGGGUGACCUGCGUGCCCCUGUGCAGUGAUGAUCUGAAGAGGCCCACUGAUAAGUGCCUCAAACCUCGGCUGGUGAGACUACCAGGGCGCUGCUGCAAAGAGUGGGUGUGUGACAGCGUGGACAACAACAUUUCCUCAAAUCCAUCCGCAGCAGAGCAGACACGUCAGGACUACAGGGGUGGGCUGUUCGGCCCGACGUUUGGCUCGAUCUCCAACUGUAUCGAGUGGACCUCAGAUUGGAGCCCAUGCUCCCACAGCUGUGGCCCAGGUGUCUCCACGCGCACCACAACCAGAAACUGGGCUUGUCGCCUGCAGACUGAGACCAGACUGUGCCAUGUCAGGACGUGCCCAUCAAUGCUGCCGGGGCUCCGAAUGCUGCAGACGGGUUCGGGGGUGUGCGAGAGCAGCCACAUUUCACCUGUGUCCAUUAAGCUUGAACACCAGGGCUGCUGGAGUACCAGAGCCUACCGUCCCAGGUUCUGUGCCUUGACGUGUCUAGAGGGACGCUGCUGCAGCCCAUCUCACACAAGGACUGUGCGGAUGGUUUUCCGCUGCCCUCAAGGCAGGCUAACCCAGCAGCAGGUGAUGAUGAUCGAGUCUUGCUCCUGCAGCAUCUCCACCUGCCGGCAGUCCCCAGCCACAGCUGACCGAAGUUUCCUGUCCUGGCUGUGA